AUGGCAAACAAAAAGGUGUUCCAUGUCGGAAUUGCCGUCUACGAGCAUCUCGAGCUUUCUGAUGUCGCUCCCGUUGACAUGCUCAAUUCUAUCGGAUAUGACUUUAUCAAGCCGUUGACCAGCGGAGGAUACGCCCCUAUUGAGGCUCUGGCAGAGGCACCGAGGAUUAAAAUUGAUUGGAUUCACACGAACCUCAAUGUGGUCGAGGCCACAGCGGGCUUGUUUCUGAAGCCAACUGCCACUUACGCCACUGCGCCAAGAGACCUGGAUUUGCUUCUGGUCCCCGGGCUCUCAAUAGUUGGAAACCACCCAGAGGGUUCAGCAGAGUUCCUCAAGGAAGCCUCUGAGAAGUCAGCGAUCGUGAUGACCACUUGUGGUGGCGGCCUGUGGCUGGCGUCUUUGGGUAUCCUGGACGGCAAGAACGCGACAACAAAUAGCGGCGCCCUCACCACUGCCAGACAACUUUCGCCUGGGGUCGUCUGGAAAGACAAUAACUGGGUUGUGGACGGCAAGUUUUGGACAUCAGGCGCUGCUGGAUUCGGUUUCGGCAUGAUGGCAGCCUUUUGCCGCGAGAAAUUUCCCGUGGGACACGUGGACAGAGCCCUCGCUGGACUAGGCUUUGGUAGACUCGGUGUUGGAGCUUUCGGUACUGUCGAGUAG